AUGCCGAUCCUCGGCGGGAAGAAUAAGUUCAACACCAAGCCGGCAGCAAUCCGCGUCGAAAAAGUCCAAGUCGCCGCCCCGAAGCCGCGCCCGAAGCUCGCCCACGCGACAUCCUCCACAUCCUCCGCCAAAGCCUCCCCGCGCGCAUCGCCAAAGCCAAACGCCAAGUCCCUCCUCUCACGCAAGCAGAGCGCCUCGCCAUACCCUUCCUCUUCCUCGGACGAGAAGCGCAGCGGCGGCGGCGAGCGCAAGCGCAAGGUCGGCAGCGCGGGGCCGUCGCAGCCCAAAUUCGAUAACGACUCUGACGGCGACGACAACUACGAAGAGUUCCUCAAGCAUGAGCCUAGCAAGCGGCAGCGCACGCAAGAUGGGCAAUUUGUAGAUACCCAGCGCGUGUUGACCCGGUCGAGCGCAUUCAAGGACAAUGCGAAGCCCCUCAGCCGGCUGAUCCACGCCGCGCAAAUUUCCAACCUCAAGAAGUGUCCCAAGGCCACGCGCUCGCUCGGUGCGACUGCAGAUGACAACGUCAGAGUGCGACUGCAAUAUCCGAGCAAUUACGGUGCGGAAGAGUACGAACUCAUUAACGACAAGGGCAUCAUCAACGCAAUCGAGGAUAUCAAGACGGUGGUCGGUUUUGUCGCCAACGUAUACCUCACCGAAGAGCAGGCCGAAGAGUUCACAGAGCAGCAAAACGGGUUUCUACGGCGGCUCAGGAAAGCAUCAAACACAAACGACUUCCACGGUUUCGUGUCGGCACUCAACGACGCGAAUAAGAGAAUUCGCACUCUUGCGGCGGACGGCACAAUACGCAAGAAUUUGGACAAGAUACACGGCUUGCCCAGGGGUUUGGUCGAGUUCAUCCUCACCCAGGUGUACGACCGCACAGUAUCACCAGACGUGGAAAAGUUGAAACAGUACAAAAACGGCACCGACAAUGUCUAUGGCGAGCUAGCGUAUCGGCUCAUCUCCGAUAUCUUACAGGAAAAAACCCGGAUGACGUCAGACCAAGUCUUUGUCGAUCUCGGCUCCGGCGUAGGCAACGUCGUGUUCCAGGCCGCGCUCGAGAUCGGCUGUGAGAGCUGGGGCUGCGAAAUGAUGGAGAACCCGUGCGACUUUGCGGAAGCGCAAGAGAAGGAGUUUGGUGCCCGGUGCAAGAUGUGGGGCCUGCUGCCCGGCCGAGUCAACCUCGAGCGAGGCGACUUUACAAAGUGCACCCGCAUCCACGAAGCCAUGAAGCGUGCCGACGUCGUCCUCGUCAACAACCAAGCCUUCACACCGCAGCUCAACGCCGAGCUGGUCAACAUGUUCCUCGAUCUCAAGUCAGGCUGCAAGAUUGUGUCGCUCAAGUCGUUCGUCAACGACCAGGGGACGCGCAACGCCAACGACAUUGCGAGCAACAUCUUGGAGGUCGAGCACCUGACCUAUCCUGAAGGUGACCCUGGUGGUAACUAUGUCAGCUGGACCAACGCUGGCGGUAACUAUUGCAUAUCGACAAGGAAGUAG